GGCGUUCUCGGCACAGCAAAAAGUUGGAACUUUUGCUAUCAAGUGGCAGGCGUCGGUGAGCUCACGAGCACACAAUUCAUUUGAAGUAAAUAAUGGCGAUGACGCAUUAAAAUAUUUGGGGCCACAACGUGCUGCAAAAACGCGCAGUGCCGUGGCGCGUCGCCGUGACGACACAGACAGGCGGGACUGUGGGCUGCACAGCUGGAGGAGAGGAGCUGGCAUGCAGAUGACUGCAUCUUCCAACACGCAUCAUCUGGAUAAGUUGCUCCUUCUUUUCACGGACUGUAAACAUGCAUUAAAAAAAACAAAUACCCGGAUAGGCAAUUUUAAAGAGUUCGAAAUAAGUUCAGAGCACAUUUUACUGCAAGACUGUGGUGUGUUGGAGCUUUUCUUUUUGGACGAUGCCACGACUUUAACGUCCCUGCUCACUCCACAGUUGGUGUCCGUGUUGCAUCCUACACGUGCAAGGUAUGGGAGCCGUCCACUUGUGAAGUGCAAGACACUGAGCAAGACACAGAGAAAACAACCGAGGACCUCGUUAUGGAGCCCCUAAUGGGAGAGCAGUCAGCCACGGUGGACGAGCUGUUGGAGGGCUGCAUCCAAGCCUUUGACGAGAGCGGCACUUUGAUGCACCCUUCGACAGUCCGCAUGUUCCUCAUGAUGCACCCGUGGUACAUUCCUUCCACGGACAUGGCUGCCAAGCUGGUGCUCAAAUCUCAAGAAGAGGGCUGCUCAGCGGAGCAUCGAACCAGAAUAUGCCACCUUGUCAAGUAUUGGAUCUCUGAGUUUCCUGCAGAGUUCAAUCUGAACCCGGAGCUGGCCGAGCAGAUAAAAGACUUUAAAGACCUCCUGAGCACGGAGGGCAACGAGCGCCAGAGUCAGCUCAUUGACAUUGAGAGCGUGCCGUCGUACAAAUGGAAGCGUCAAGUGACUCAGCGUGUCCCCUCCGUGUCCAAAAAGAGGAAAAUGUCCCUGCUCUUUGACCACCUUGACUCCUGUGAACUGGCUGAGCACCUGACCUACUUGGAGUACAAAUCCUUCUGCAAGAUUUUGUUUCAGGACUAUCACAGCUUUGUGAUGCACGGCUGCACGGUGGACAACCCUGUGCUGGAGCGCUUCAUCACGCUUUUCAACAGCGUUUCGCAGUGGAUCCAGCUCAUGGUGCUCAGCAAGCCCACGGCGACCCAGAGAGCCUCCGUCAUCUCACACUUCAUCAGAGUGGCACAGAAGCUGCUGCAGCUGCAGAACUUCAACACGCUAAUGGCGGUGGUAGGCGGCCUCAGCAACAGCUCCAUCUCACGCCUCAAAGACACGCAGGCCCACAUCAGCGCUGAAACCAACAAGGUUUUUAACAGCCUCAUCGAGCUGGUGACAUCAUGCGGCAACUACAGCCAGUACCGCAAGCGCUUCUCUGAGAGCUCCGGCUUCCGCUUCCCCAUCCUGGGUGUGCACCUGAAGGACCUGAUCGCCGUCCACGUGGCUCUGCCAGACUGGGCCGACAAGGAGAAGACGCGGGUAAACCUGGCCAAGACCCAGCAGCUGUACGCUAUCCUGCAGGAGCUGGCGCUGAUCCAGAACACGCCGCCCAACAUUGACGCCAACACAGACCUGCUGAACCUGCUGACAGUGUCUCUGGACCAGUAUCACACAGAGGAGGAGAUCUACCAGAUGUCUUUGCAGAGAGAACCUCGCAAGCAAGCGCAGAACUCUAGCUCCACCCCAGCUCCGGACCCCAAGCCCAGCAUGAUCGAUGAGUGGGCUGUGUCGGUAAAGCCUAACGCUGACCCAAUGGUCAUCAAGAAGCACAUAGAGAAGAUGGUGGAGUCCGUCUUCAAGAACUUUGACACAGACGGUGACGGCCACAUCUCCAGAGACGAGUUUGAGGACAUCAGGAACAACUUCCCCUACCUCAGCAAGUUUGGAGAACUGGACAAGAACCAAGAUGGCAAAAUCAGCCAAGAGGAGAUGAUCGACUACUUCACAAGGGCCAGCUCGCUGCUCAACUGCAAGAUGGGCUUCAUCCACACCUUCAGCGAGGCCACCUACGUCAAGCCCACCUUCUGUGAGCACUGCGCUGGCUUUAUAUGGGGCUUCUACAAGCAGGGCUACAAGUGUAAAGCCUGCGGGGUCAACUGCCACAAGGCCUGCCGAAGCCGUCUGGCUGUGGAGUGCCGGAAGAGAACCAAGAGCAUCAGCCACGAGACGCCGCCGGCCCUUCAGGCCAGAUCCUACAGCUUCCCGCCUCCUGCCAACCCUCCACCCAAUCUCCAGAACACUGUAAUCGCUGAAGAGGACAUAGAGGCAGUGGAAGGAGGAGUGUUUGACAUUCACCUAUAAGCAGGAGCCUUGAAGUAUUAAAGAUGUCGUCCGAGGUCCUGUGGCUGCUGGUGUGCACUGUGCAGGAGGCCGUCUUGUGAGUAACAUCACAGGACUGGAGAUGCUGCAGUUACACUGUGGACACACACACACACACACACACACAAUCCCAACAGCAGCUCCACUGGACUCACAUGGACGUGCCAGUUAGUGUUCAUGGGAUGUGUUCAUGUGCAAAAUGUCUGCACGCGUUUGGACCUUGAACAGCGUUAGCGAUAGUGGCAUGACCCUUGUGUUUGACCUCCUUGCAGAACCGUCAAGUGUCAUUUAAUUGUAAAGCAGUGUUUAUUUUACUUAUUUUGAUGCAAGCUUGCAUGUUGAAGUGAUUUUUUUGUUGUUGUUGCACGCCAAAUUAUCGCUUACUCCGCGAGGAGACGAGCAUGUUUUUCUUCCCCCUGUGGAGAUGCUUUCAUCCCUGGAGUGCCACAUUGUGAGCGGCUGGUAUGUUACUGAAUGAGAUGCUUCUUCUGUGUGAAUAGCUUGAAGGAUGUCUGUUAUUAGCACGCCUGUUAGUGCAUAUGAAUAAAGCAUACGUGAUGAAAAGAAGAA